CAAGCAACAAAACACGAAAUUACUGAAAGAAAUAAGAAAGAUAACUCAAAUACACAACAUAGUGAUAUUUACGCACAAAUUAUGACUUUUAAGCAAAAUUAUUAGUAUAAAUCACUUUGUAGCUACCCUGAACCUGAAACCACCCAAGCGACUCAAACCAACAAACACCCAAGCCCUACACCAUGUCAGUGGUACGAACGUGCCCCGGCCUGUACUGCGGGCGCACCCAACUGGACCAGGAGGAGUGGAGCGAGUGCGGCGCGUGCCCCCGCGGGUUCCGCACCAAUGCGACCAGCCACUGUGAGCCGUGCGCCGCCGCCCCCACUCUCUAUGACUGGCAGUAUCUCGGCUUCAUGGUGCUCCUGCCGCUGGUCUUACACUGGUUCUUUAUCGACAUGUGCACUAUUGGGAAAGAGAAGAAGAGUAUAAUAGCACAGCACAUCUGUGCAUUCAUUGAGGUGGCAUCCGGUACCCUCGGAGCCCUGAUGGUGCUGCCACCGGCAGGGACCGUGGCCCUGCAUGUGUGCACACCACAGGCGCUCUCUGACUGGUACACACUGCUGCACAACCCUCAGCCAGACUACAAGGAGGUCUUGCAUUGCACGCAGGAGGCUGUUUAUCCUUUGUAUACAAUCAUCCUGCUAAUCUAUGCAUUCAGUCUGCUGAUGACGAUAACUCUGAGACCGUGGCUGAUAUCAAUGAGUGCCCCGAACCCCGGGAAAAAGGCCAUUUACUGCUCACUCUACUUCUACCCAAUAUUAGUUCUGAUCCACACAGUUGCUGCUGGUCUCAUAUAUUAUUCCUUCCCCUACAUAGUGAUCAUAAUAUCAAUGAUGACGUCAGCGUCCCACUUCUCCGUCAAGAUCGACCAAUCAGCGCCGGCCUUGCUCAUGACGUCCGUCACAAACACGAGAAAUCUGGUGAUACUGAUUGGCCAUUGGCUGGUUCACGCUUAUGGCAUUAUUUCUCUAACGGGUUUGGUGGAGCUGUGGUAUUUGUCCCUUGUGCCAGCUCCGGCGCUGUUUUAUAUCCUGACCGCACAGUUCACAGAUCCUAUGAAGAUACAUAAUGAUUGAGAGAAUUGUUAAUAGCAAAAGUGUAAUUAAUGAAAUAGUGAAUUCUCUGCAAGCAGUAUGACGAUCUUGUACCUAUUCGAUACGAAUGGAUGAUGAAUGAUGAGACGUGACGUUUGUGUAGUAGCGCGGGCCGUAAACGAUGAAAUAACUAAUUGGCACUGUCCCCUAAAAUACACUAAACAAAUACAGUAUAGGUACUUAGUUGUAAUUAUUGUGAAUUGUUUAACUAAUUCUAAGUUAGAAGUAAUGAAUGUUAACAUCAACUUUACCUAAAGAAUAAUAAUGUUGUAUAAAAUUCUA